AUGUCGCGACCCCUAUGCCCCAUUGUCACCUGGUAUGCCAAAUUCAUGCGCACAAAUCACCGACAUUCGGUCAUCAGUAAUGAUUGGAAAAGGGAAGGUUAUCCAGGUCAGUGGGCUACUGGCGCAACCUACAAAAUACCUUCUCCUAUCUCAUCAUUGUUCUCCAAACAAAUAUCCAAUCCUCAAGAUCAUAUGGAACUUCAUCAUGAACUAUAUUUCAAAUUGUUCCUCUUCAAUUGCUUACAGUAA